AUGAAGACGAUUGAAGAGACAUACCAAAAGAAAACACCUGUGGAGCAUAUUCUUCUCAGGCCUGAUUCUUAUAUAGGAUCAGUGGAGAAGGAAGCACAACAAAUGUAUAUAUGGGACGAAGAGAGCGAGAGAAUGGUUUGCAGGAACAUUGAGUAUGUUCCCGGGCUAUACAAGAUAUUCGAUGAAAUAAUUGUCAACGCUGCAGACAACAAGAUACGAGACCCAAAGAUGGAUGUUAUUAAGGUUUCCAUUGACCCUGAGAAGAACGAGAUAUCUGUGUAUAACAAUGGGAAGGGGAUCCCUGUUAGGAUUCACAAGGAGGAAAAUGUGUAUGUACCUGAGCUUAUAUUUGGAAACCUUCUGACAUCAUCUAACUACAAUGAUGAAGAAAAGAAAGUCACUGGAGGGAGGAAUGGGUACGGGGCAAAACUGUGCAACAUAUUCAGUAAGGAGUUUAUUGUAGAGACUGCAGAUUGCGAAGUCAAGAAGUAUUACAAGCAAAAGUACAGAAAUAAUAUGGGUGCCAAGGAAGAGCCCGAGAUCAGCAGAUAUACCAAGGGAGAUUUUACAAGAAUAACAUUCAAGCCUGACUUAAGGAGGUUCAAGAUGGAUAGGCUAGAUGAUGACAUAGUAGCAUUACUGAAGAAAAGGGUUUACGACCUUGGAGGAAUUGUCAAGGACGUAAAGAUAUUUUUGAAUGAAAAAAGAAUCAGCAUCAAGGGAUUCAGGGAGUAUGUAAAGCUUUAUAUUCCACCUGGCACCAACGUUGUGCACCAGAUUAUCAAUGACCGGUGGGAAGUGGCUCUUACCACAAGCGAAGAACAAUUUCAGCAAGUAUCGUUUGUCAAUGCAAUAUGCACAACCAAAGGGGGGAGCCACGUGAACCAUGUUGUCGAGCGGAUUGUGGAGCCGCUAUCGGAAGCGAUACAAAAGAAGGAGAAAGGGCUUUCUGUAAAGCCUUUUCAAAUCAAAUCAUGCAUGUUUAUAUUUGUGAACUGCCUCAUUGAAAACCCUGCAUUUGAUUCUCAGACAAAAGAGAACCUUACCUUGAGAGUUUCUGCCUUUGGAUCGAAGUGCGAGCCCAUAGCUGAUUUUGUGAAGAGUGUUAUAAAAAACACAUCCAUUGUCCAGAAGGUUGCCUCUUUUGCAAAGGCUAGACAGAGCCUGCAGUUGAAGAAGACAGAUGGGGCAAAAACAAGCAGACUUUCGGGAAUUCCAAAGCUAGAGGAUGCUAACUUUGCAGGAACAAACAAAUCGAAAGAUUGUACUCUGAUAUUAACUGAGGGGGAUUCGGCCAAGACGCUGGCUGUCUCAGGGCUGAGUGUGGUUGGAAGGGACACCUAUGGAGUUUUCCCACUACGAGGAAAGCUAUUGAAUGUUAGAGAGGCUUCACAUAAGCAAAUAAUGGAGAACUCCGAGAUUUCGAGCAUAAAAAAGAUCCUGGGACUACAGCAUAACAAAGUUUACGAAGACACAUCAAGCCUUAGAUAUGGACAUGUUAUGAUCAUGACUGAUCAAGACCACGAUGGCAGCCACAUAAAGGGAUUAAUAAUCAACUUCUUGGAUCACUUCUAUCCCUCAUUGCUGAAGAUACCUGGGUUUCUCCAGGAGUUUAUCACGCCGAUUAUAAGAGCCACAAAGAAAGGACAAGUCAGAGACUUCUUCACCUUGCCUGAAUAUGAGGAGUUCAAAAGGAGCGAAGAAGGGUGGAACAUCAAAUAUUACAAAGGACUAGGAACAUCUACAAGUGCAGAUGCUAAGCAAUACUUUAGCAACCUACCUAUCCAUGUUAAACACUUUACCCCAUUAGUUGAUGAGGACAAAGAGCUCAUUGACCUUGCAUUCAACAAGAAGAAAGCAGACGCAAGAAAAACAUGGCUUCUGAGCUUUGAGCCUGGAACCUUUCUAGACCAGUCGUUGUCACACAUAUCGAUUUCAGACUUUGUUAAUAAAGAAUUGAUUUUGUUUUCCAUGGCAGACAACAUCCGGUCGAUUCCAAGCCUGGUGGAUGGGCUCAAGCCAGGGCAAAGAAAAGUAAUGUUCAGUUGUUUCAAGAGGAACCUUAGGUCAGAGAUAAAGGUGGCACAGUUGGUGGGCUACGUUUCUGAGCAGUCUGCAUACCAUCAUGGGGAACAAUCUCUUUGCUCCACAAUUGUGAACCUAGCUCAGGACUUUGUUGGAUCCAAUAACAUAAAUCUUCUUCUUCCAAUUGGGCAGUUUGGAAGUAGGCUUCAAGGUGGAAAGGAUGCAGCAAGUCCACGUUACAUCUUCACGUCUCUAUCUCCACUCACAAGGCUGAUAUUUAAUGAGAAUGACGAUGCGAUCUUGAACUACCUCAAUGAUGAUAAUCUUUCGAUAGAGCCAGAGUUCUAUGUACCUAUUAUUCCAAUGGUAUUGGUCAAUGGAGCAGAGGGGAUUGGAACUGGGUGGAGCACGUCCAUUCCCAACUUCAAUCCAAUAGACGUAGUAGAAAACAUUCGAAGGAUGAUCAGAGGUGAGGAUCCUGUGGAGAUGGUGCCCUAUUAUAGAAACUUCAGAGGAAGUAUUGAGAAGAUCGGGGAAGGAAAGUUCCAGGUUUCCGGGGUAUAUAAAGGGGAUAUGGACCUUGAAAUCACCGAGCUUCCUGUUGGUACAUGGACUUUGAACUACAAGGAGUUUUUGGAGUCUCUUGUGCAAGCUGGUGUGGUGAAGGACUUCAAGGAAUACCACACAGAAAAGACAGUGAACUUUACCGUGAAACUUGCCAAGCACGUUAGUAACUUAAAGCUAAGUAACACCAUCACAAUCAACAACAUGGUGUGCUUUGAUGAGAAUCUUGGAAUUAAGAAAUAUUCGACGCCUAAAGAUAUUCUGAGGGAUUUUUAUGAUGUUCGGCUUAGAUAUUAUUCGAUGAGAAAAGAUAACAUGAUGAAGGUAAUGAAAGACGAAUUGGUAAAGUUGGAGAAUAAGGUGAAGUUUAUAAAAGAGGUUUCCACUGGAGGACUCAUUAUAAAUAGAAGGAGGAAAGCUGAAAUUAUCUUUGAUCUUGAAUCGAGAGGAUAUGCGAGGGUUGAUGAUUAUGAAUACCUUCUGGGUAUGUCAAUACUAAGUCUUACUGUAGAAAGAAUCGAAAAGCUAAACAAUGAACAUGCGAAGAGGCUUGAGGAGUACAAUAAACUAGCAGGCAAGACUCCAAAAGUGCUCUGGCUUGAGGAUUUAGAUGCUUUCGAGAGGGAGUAUUUGAAGAUUGUUGAAAAUGAAGUCAAAGAAUACGACGAUGAGUUAAGUGGACGUGUCAAAAAAGGGAGCAGGAAGCCAAAGUCCAGAAGUAGAGCUAUGGAUAACCCAAAGAAAGCCAAAGCGGCUCAAAAGCCUAAGGCAGCACACGAGGUUGACCACUCAACAGAUUCAGAUGCUUCACAGGAAAAGCCCUGGAAAAAGUACAAUCUUACAUAG